AUGAAAGCCAACAGAAAAAUGAAGCGCCUGUAUGUGGGUGGACUUAGCCAAACUAUUUCCCAAACUGACCUAAAAAAUCAGUUCAGCAGAUUUGGAGAAGUUUCUGAUGUGGAGAUCAUCACGCGGAAAGAUGACGAAGGAAACCCACAGAAAAUCUUUGCAUAUAUCAACAUUACGGUUACAGAAGCAGACCUGAAGAAAUGUAUGUCUGUUUUAAAUAAAACAAAAUGGAAAGGUGGGACACUACAAAUUCAGGAAGCAAAAGAAAGCUUUUUGCACAGAUUGGCUCAAGAGAGAGAAGAAGCAAAAGCAAAAAAAGAAAAUUCAAGAACAGGCAAGACUGACAUGGUAAAACACCUGGGAGCAGUUGAUUUGCAUAUGAAAGCUGUGCCAGGAACAGAAGUACCAGGACACAAAAAUUGGGUCGUGAGUAAAUACGGAAGAGUUUUACCUGUCCUUCACCUUAAGAAUCAGCAUAAACGUAAAAUCAUCAAAUAUGAUCCAUCAAAAUACUGUCACAACCUGAAGAAGAUAGAGGAAAAUUCCACAAAUACCAUCCCUAUAGCCAACCUUACAUGGCACUUGGAAGGAGGGGAUGAACCUAUGAGUAAGAAACAACGAGAGUUCACUGACUUUCACAACCCUCCCAAGAAGUCUAUAAAAAAGCAAUAUAGUGAUGGUGUCACUGGACCUCUGACUGUUUGCCCAAGACACAGUUUAGUAAUGGACAGUCCAUACUUACUGCAUCAACAGGCUGCACAAAGCACCCCUUGUAAUUCCAUCUGCCUGUCUAAGUCACCCUGUGUGCCUAAAUCUGAUCAUCAGAGAUGUAAAGAUGGCCCUUUUCAGACUUGUGGCUUGAAAAGUGCCAGAAACACAAAUAGCAUGUCUGAUGAUGAUAUCAGUUCUGAAGAAGAAUUAAGAGCAAUGAUUGCAAGAGAGGAAAGUUUCCAGACAACUACCCAGUCCUCAGUAAAAGAACCUGACAAUGAUAACUUUGUAGUGGUAAGGGAGGACUUCAAAUCAGAUGUCCAGAAGCUUUAUUUUUUAACAAGUUCAGGUAUCAAAAAUAGUGUCUCUUGUCAGGUUAGUAAAGAUAAUGUUGUAGGAAAUGAUUGUGACUAUGAUUCAGGAGAUACAGAUGAAAUCAUUGCAAUGAAAACAACCAUUGGUAAGGUAAAAAACAGUACAGAAUUUUUAAAUACAAAAGAAUCGGUAUGUCUGAAAGACAGAAAAGGCUUUGAGUUUUCUGAUGAUUCUAUUAAAAUACAGAAGAAGGGGAAAAAAGUGAAGUUAGCAGACAGUAAUGGGGUUAAGCUUCUUAACUGUAAAUUUACAUCUGAAUUAGGUAACAGUGAAGAUUCUGAUUCUGCAACAGAAUCAGCUGAGUCUGAAAAAGACAAGGAGUAUAGGGCCAUGAUGAAAAACUCUGUCCGUGUGAGUCUUACUUUAGCUGAUCUGGAAAAGUUGUGUUGUAGUGAUGCAGAGACUUUAAAAGAAAUUACUGAGAGUGACAGCCAAGAAACCACCACCUGUUGCCAGUUUGACCAGGCCUCCAAGAUCCACAAGAUUCCUGACAAUCCCCGUAUAGGCAGACAGUGCGUUCAUCCUGAGGAGAUUGUGGCUUCUCUUUUAAAAGGGAAAAAGAUCUGUAAUAAACAGAAACCAAAGGAAAACAAAUUCCAGGCUUUCAAGGGGAUAAGCUCUCUCUAUGGAAAGGAAUCCAGGAAAAUAUCAUUGAAAGAGGGUGUUGUUUCUAACAGUAUUAAUGAAGAUCAGAAUUCCUUGAAACCUGAGGAUUCCAGUAGCUUUUCCAUGGAAAGGAGGUACUUGGAUUCUGGUGACUCAUCGAGAGAAUUAACACCAUGCCAACAUACAGAGAAGGCAAAUAGCCUGAACUGUUCUGAGCCUCGAAACGGACAGGCCAUUUUUGAGACCCUGGAUCACAAGUUGGUGUCCCCAAGCCAUUCAGAAAAGGGAAGUAAAAGUACUACUAGUCUGUUGCCAUUAAAAGGUAAGAAGUCCUUAAGUUGUGGUAUAAAGAUUCACAAGAUAAGUUUUGAUAAAGAUGGUUGCCUUAGUACCCCACAGAAAGAAGAUGGUUCAGAGGAGGAGACAACUGAUACACAUAGUCUUACAUCUUCUAAGAAAUCACCAAAGAAAUCUGAGAGAGACAGACUUAGCAAUGUGUUCCAUAAGAAAACUCAAGAAACCAGAAGUGAUUUCCCACAUUCUAUUAGUAAUUCAUCAGAUGUUCCUGAAGAUAAACAUGCUCAAGAUAAUCGGAAGCGUUUGGCAGCCUUAGAUGCAAGGCAGAAAGCAAAAGAAAUACAAAAGAAGCUGGUUCAUAAUGCCCUGGCCAAUUUGGAUGAUCAUUCUGAGGUUAAGCCAAAACACAUCAUUUUUGGUUCCGACAGUGAAAGUGAAACCAAAGAAUCAUCCAUUCAAGAACAAAGCUAUGCAGGAGAUGAAAUGGUGAAGGAGUCCAGGUGUAAACCCUCUGGGAAGCUGUUUGAAAGCAGUGAUGAGGAAUCUGAUUCUGAAGAUGACAGUAACAGGUUUAAAAUCAAACCUCAGUUUGAGGGCAAAGCUGGGCAAAAGCUCAUGAAUUUGCAGUCUCACUUUGGCACUGAUGACAGAUUCCGCAUGGACUCUCGAUUUCUAGAAAGUGACAGUGAAGAGGAACAGAAAGAAAUAAAUGAAAAGGAAACAACUGAGGAAGAAGACUUUGUUGCAGAAAAGAAGAAAGCAUUGGAUAUUAUGCAACGUGUUUUGAACAUCAGUUUGAGCAAUUCUACAAGCAAAAGAUCAACAACUGCUAAGAAAUUUAAGGACAUCAUACAUUAUGAUCCAGCAAGGCAUGACCAUUCUACUUUUGAAAGAAAAAGAGAUGAUAAGCCAAAAGAAAGUAAAACAAAGAGAAAGAAAAACAGGACAGAAGGUGAGAAGCUGCCUGAGGUGUCAAAAGAAAUGUAUUAUGACAUUGCUUCGGAUUUGAAAGAAAGACUCCAAACUACAAAAUAUACCAGUGAAAAGGAAGAAAACAUAUCCUGGAAUGAGGAUUAUAAAACAGAAGACGUUAAUGAUCCUAUAUCUCUGAAGAAUGAGGAUGAGGAACCAGCUGGAUUUACAUUUUCCUUUUUUGAUUCAAAUGCAAAAGAUAUAAAAGAAGACACCUAUAGAACUGAAAUAAUAAAACCUGGAAAGAUUGCCUGGCAGCGAGACUCUUGUUUCCAAGAUAGCAGCUCAGAAGGGGAAGAUACUGUUGAAGAAGUACUUCAAAAAAACCCCAACCCUGGAGAAGUAUCAUUACCUGAGAAAGAGACCAGUAGAUUUUUCUUUUUCUCUAAGAAUGAUGAAAGACUUCAUGUGGGUUCUGAGUUAUUCUGGAGAGGAGCAGGAAAUAAUAUAAACAGGAAUUCUUGGGAAGCCCGAACAAAUAGCCUGCAUAUGGACUGUCGGAAGAAACAUAAAGAUGCAAAAAGAAAAGUGAAACCAAAAUAG